AUGAAGAGAACACUAAUGCAUGUUUCGAAUCUCAUCAUCAAAGCUCCCUCAUGCAACAGAGGUCCAGGAACACAAAAGGUGACAAGUUACCAGAAUGCAGAGAGCUACUGUGUGAGUGACAGUGGCUUAGGCUGGGUGGCUCCAGGGCCACGUCACCUGUGUGGCAGCCUCACACCAAAUCAGAGGGCUGCACUCACCGGGAGCCCCAGUGUUACCCGCAGCUCCUGUGGAUUAGAACUCUCUUCUCGCUCCUCCCUGCAGUCCCAUUUAAAGCUCACUCUGGCUUUGAAGGAAAGAGUGGGCUCAAUGUCUGCAGCGUUUUCUCCCAUCUGCAAGAUGAAUACCAUUCUGCCUUGCCAAGACCAGUAUUUUGUAAGAAGCCAGAGUUAUAAUUGCCCGUAUUCCACUACAACGUCAGAAUCUAGUGUUGACGUUUCCAAGGAGACUUGGGUCUCUUUCUGGGCUGCUGGUCUCCUGGACAACAGUGAGACCCAACAAGCACCACAGGCACAGGAAUCCUCCUGCGACUUGAAUUUCCCUGUUCUGGAAUCAUGUUCAUGGGAAGAGGCACAACUUUCCUCUCAGCUCUACAGAAAUAAACAGCUCCAAGACACUCUGGUACAGAAGGAGGAAGAACUUGCUAGGCUACAUGAAGAGAAUAAUCACCUCAGACAAUACCUGAAUUCUACUUUGGUUAAAUGUCUGGAAGAAAAAGCCAAGAAAUUGCUGUCAUCAGAUGAGUUCUCCAAAGUGUAUGGAAAAUUCAGAAAAGGGAAGAGGAAACCCAAAGAGCAGAGACAUUUUCCUGCUGAGAUUCCCCAGUCCAAAACUGCCAAGAGAAACCUCUCUAGGGAGUUCUCUGAUGGUGAAGAACAAACUGGGCCCUGUGUGGACCCCUGGGUUCUUCAAACUCUUGGGUUGAAAGACCUCAACACCAUUGAUGACACACUACCAGCUAACUACAGUGCCCUCCCCUGUCAUCCCAGAACAUUCCCCAGUACAUCCUCCCAGUUUCUGCAUGAUGCGGUUGGUUAUGCAACUGCCACCAGAGACGUGCAGCUUGACUAUGGAGGUGACAGUAUACUCACUUCACAGAGCACUGCCAGCCACCAGGAAGAGCGUCACUAUUUUCCUCAGCUUUCCAAUUCUCCAGCAGAGGUGCAAACUUUUCCUUACCACACUGCUGAUGUGUCACCCAACAAGACAGAGGUGGCCUUUUCCACAUCUCUGAGCCCUCACUGCAAUGUGAAAACUCAUUCCUUCCACCAGGGACAAGCUUUUGUGCGUCGAGAUGUGGAGGGAGGCUGGAAGUUUACCUGGGUCCCAAAGCAGGUUUAG